CCUACUAUGAGUAGUGGCUGAGAGUUGCCGUGCCGUGCAAACUGCCAGUGCCACUCCGAUCAUCGCGCGGACCGCACACUCGUCUAUCAAUACGCUUUCUCCACACGGCAGCGUGCUCAAGGCAGAACUGUUUCGACACGCCGUUCGGUUGCGAAAGUUCGCGCGAUGAUAUACAAGUGAGAGCCGACAUCGGACGUCAGGGUAACGCUCAUCGGGCACGGUGAGCCAGUUUAUUUACAAGAGACAUUCAAAACUCGCCAGUUGUGAGGGACGGGGGGCGCGCGACGCCGUCGGGUCGUACACGCGGAGCAACGUAUCCACAUACUUACUGUGACAGAGCGACGGAAACCAAUUUUUAAUGUGUCAAGUCAGUAUAGCUUAUUGCUGCUACGUCAGAUCGCUGGGCGCCUCGAGCAGGAACUACAAGGUUAUGCAAAUGAGUUCUGAACGCUUCUAUACCAGGGGUAAUCAAAAGACCAUUCACAACUUUAAUAAACUUUAACGUUUCCGUGUAUCGUUCGGUAGUUUAAGUGCUUAUCUAUCGUUUUUCUACUUUUAAUUAUCUUUCGAAGUUGCGAUCGCUAAUUGCUAAUUACUGUGAAAAUCGAGUGAUAAGGAGUCGGAGUAGGCAGUGAACAAACAGGUGUGCGACUCGUACUCAGAGCGGCUCCAACAAACGUUGACAAUGGCGGCCCCGCAGGAGGAGACCCUGCUCUCACGAUGCGAGAUUCCCAUCAUCGACCUUGCUCACAUUGGUACUGAUGUGUGCCCUAUGAAAUCCGUGGUGAGACGCAUUGGACAACAAUUGUUCACAGCACUCAGCGCGAAAGGCCUCGCUGUGCUCGUCAACCAUGGCAUUGCUGACGAAAAGCUUAAAUCGGUAUAUGCUGACUUGGACAACUUCUGCGCGCUUCCCGAAGGAUGUCAGGCACAAUAUUUGCGCGAUCCGAUGAGCAACCACGGCUAUGUGCGUCCGGGGAUGGAGCAGUUCGAUUCCACUAAAAAGGAGUUGCGGCACUCGUUCAACAUCACGACGCUGAGCGCGGCGACGAUGCCGGCGCAGGAGGAGGUGCCGGAGUUCGCGAAGCACGCGGUGCCGCUCGCGCACGACCUCACCAACCUGUCGCGCGUGCUGCUGCAGGCGCUCGCGUAUGCUCUCGGCGUGCCGCCGGCCGCGUUCCUGGCGUGCCACUCGGGCAUGAUGCAGAGCGACGGACGCAACCCGUCGACGAUGCGGCUGCUGUACUACCCGCCCGUGCCGCCCGACGACGAGCGCCCGCGCGCCGACGACGUCGCCUACACGCGCUGCGGCGCGCACGCAGACUACGGCACCUUCACGCUGCUCGCGCAGGACUCCGAGGGAGGGCUUGAGGUGAAGUUGAACGGUAGUGACAAAUGGCAAGCUGUGGGCCAUCUCCCUGGCGCUAUCCUUGUGCAGAGCGGAGAGCUGCUCGCCGCCUGGACCGCCAAUCUGCUUCCAGCUCUUGUGCACCGCGUGGUGGUGCCGGCGGGCGCGUACACGCGCGCGCGCGGGCGGCACUGCGUGGCGUUCUUCUGCCACCCCGACGCGGACGCGGCGCUCCCCGCGCUGCCGCUGCGCGCGCCCGCCGCGCCCGCGCCGCCGCCCUACACGCCGCACGCGCACCUCACGCUGCACCACCGCCUGCUCAACGCCGCGCACCACCUGCAGAAGCGCUUCCGCGAGACCUACGCGUGACUAGCACACGCCGACGCACCACGCAAGACGCGCCACCACACCACUUACUGACACCACGAUUACUUACGAUCCGUCCUGGCUUAACGUCGAUCCCAAAACAAAUUAAUUCUGAGUUUUGUACCUUGCUUUUAUAAGCUCUGGCUACAGAGAUCAUCAGCAAGCUCAACGACGUUGCAUGCGUUAUAGCAAUGCACAUAUCAGAAUCGUAAUUCCAAGCCGUUCGCUGUGGGACCGACUCCUUAAACUCGUAUCAUCAAAUACGAAAUAGACGCAACAAAAAUACAAAGUUUCACAAUAUCAUUUUGUAUCGAUUCUAUGUCAACUAUGAAAAACAAAUGAAUGAAGUCUGUGUCUGUCUCUAUUGAGUUUAAGCAAGUUUUAGAACGAACAGUAUUAUCAGAGAACAUUACGGAUGCUCGAUCACCCAGUGCAAAAUACUAGACCGGAGAGAGACGCAACGGGGCACACGGACCGUCCAUAAAGCUGGCUGCACAUUGUUCCGGAAAACUUAUAAGACAAGUGUGCAUCCGCUCAAAAUAAUUCCUCGUGUGUUCUCACCAGUCCGUGAUUGCAUCCCAAGCCUUACAGAAAAGAAAAGCCAGUACAUCAAUAACAACUUUAGUAAAAAUCGUGUCGCUUACGUCUUAGUAAAUGUGAAAAUAGACUUCGCCUCAACACCGUUAUGCAAUUUUUUAUAAUAGUGACAUCAGACAUGAUCUAUGCGCCAUUGCAAAAGAAUUAAUUGGUGAACAUUAUGAAAAUUAGAAACAAUCCAAAUUUAUUGAGUGACGAAAAACUUUGACUAAAUUACCCAAUAAAAAUGUGACCUUUUCGUAAUGACUGACUACAGAGUAUAGAUUUGUCAAAUUCUCAACAAAAUAUGAUUGAAGUCAUCGAUUGCAGUAUUUUCGUUGUCACUAUUGUGAAAUCCGCGCAGUUAUUUGAGACCUCAAGACAGUUUUUAAUGUACUUAUUAUUUUGCGUCUACGUAACAACACUUCUGGUUACUGUUAAUACGAAGCAACUGCGCCACACUUGUUGUCCUAAUAAACGCAGCGUUUAUAGGUUGAUGCUUACAUUUACUUUUACGAGAUAUGAAAUAUUUUAAAUUAACUGAGUGCCUCACGCUGUGCCAGAACCAUGAAUUGUUUCUACUUAAAUAUUUUUUGUAUUAAUUUUAUCAACAAUUUUGGGCACUCUUAAAAAUUAGGUAGCAUAUAAUUCAGAAUUGUUUAUUAUUUAGUUUAUGUAUAAACUUGGUGAGUAGGUUAAAUAAGGACCCUUAAAAUGAUGAUCGCCAACAUUGCUCAAACUUAAAAAUUUACAUCCUUGGUAAUUAAUAAAUACUUAAUAUGUAUACAUAAGAACAAUCUUCACUGAGUACUUAGUUUGAAGAUUUACAAGAAAAAUAAUAUUUUGUUACUAUGCACCAAAACCACAUUGUAGUAUCCAGUGGGGUGAGGUGGCCGACGACUUACUGAAAGAGAUUGUCAACAAAAUAAGAUUAAUAAUAUAAAAAAGCAGUAUAUUUGUCAGUAAUGAUUAGCCAUUGGUAUAAUGAAACAUUAUUAUUAUUGACUUAGACAUAAUUUAAGGCUUCGCUUUGUCGCUUAUCCAUAUUUUAGGUAAUUAUUGUUAGUAAUAUAGCAAUUAGCGACGUGAAGUCUUUGAUUUUAGUAUUCUAUGUUUUUUAAAUACUUAUUUCUGUAACCAUGUGUUCUUACUUUAGCAUAUCGUAUUAUUUUUUAAUUAUACAUUUGACUGUAUUUCCUAUUUAUUCUGUCUGACCAUUUUAUGUCUACAAACUUUUUGCAUUUUGUUAAGUGAUCUUUGUGAUUUUAAUGGCUCAAUUUUAUACCUGUACUUAAGUAUAUAACAGUGUUCAAACAUCGAAACGGCAAAAGAAACUUUACGUAUAUUAUACUUAAUUAGUCAUUUAUAGUAGGUAAUAUUUGUAUAACAUACAAUAUGCUUUGAUAUUGUGUUCCAAUGCUAAUAAAAAACGUAAAUAUUGAUGAAGAAUAUAAAUAUCAACCAUUAUGUACUUAACGAAUUCUAAGGAACAGAAAUAAGCUACAAUAACUCAUGCAAUAUAUAGUUGAGUGAAAGAAUGACCUCCCUUUAACUUUUAACUAAAAGGUAUCGAUAUAAAGCCUUUCUGUUUAACCAAAGAAUUCCGUUUACGUACUUAUUAUAUCUACGGACCAACAAAAUAAAUUCGAACAUAAUACAUGUUUACUUGACCCCAACAAAGGUGUGAAGACAAUCCUCAUUUAACCGAGUUAUUACCUAAUUGUACUUCCAAACCUAUUACAAUAGUAAUUAGUGAAUAUUAUGUAAUAAUAGAUUGAGAAAUCUACUUAAAACGCGUCCAACCUCCGCGGUACACCUACUGCCUGCCUAUACAGUCCCGGAUCUAGAAUUUUUUGGAGGCGGGGCAAAAUCUGUAUAAUGCCGCCUCUAACCACCUAUAUUUUUACCUUUGUCAUCAUCAUUUCGCGCCCCGCGGGAAAUAAUUUAUGUGUUUAAUGUUUCAGUCUCAGUAGUGAAAGUUGCGUUAAUGAUGAGGUGUGUAUGCGUCUGCCAGGUGUGAAUUUGCGGCCCUACGAAUUCGCCGCCCGGGCACGGGCCCUGACUUGACUCCCCUCCCCCCUCCCAAAUCCGGGGCUGUGCCUAUGUACCUAUUAGAUAAGAGAAACAGCAUUUAUAUACAUUCUUUACUUGUCCAUCCUCAUUAAACAUAGCAUACAUGUUGUAACUGAUGUAACAAAGAUUUUUCCUUUAAGCUCGGUCGGGUAUCUGUUACCUAUUAUUGUCCUUUAACGUUUGUCGAUUUUGAUUGGGUUAUAACAGGAGUAUUACGGCCAUAGUAAACCAUAAUUGUAAUUUUUGAACAGCAAAGUAAAUUACAAAUAUAAUCUUAUUCCCGAUUCGCCAUUUAUGGAUUAUAAUUGAUUUUCCUCGCGGUUUUGUCCGCGUGAAUUGUUUUCCGGAAUAUAAAUCCCGCUUUAUUGUCUUUACUAGGGUCUCUAUCUCCAUGCUAAAUUUCAACAAAUUUGGUUUAGUGGAUCCACUGUAACAGUGUAAGAAACUGACGGACAUGCGAACAGAGUUACUUUAGCAUUUAUAAUAUAGGUAUGGAUUAUUGCGACGCACAAAACAAGGUAUUUGUAACACUUUUGAUAAUGUUUGUAUUGGUUAAAACAAUUUUAUGUGUAUCUAAAUGACAAAAUGACUGGCAAUACAUAUGCUGAUUUUAUAAGGAAAA